AUGGAGCAAAAGGAAAAGGGAGUAAAAACAAUAAUAGGGGGAGAUUUCAAUGCGAGGACAGGAGAGGAAGGGGGAAAGGAAAGUAUAGAAGGAACCGAUGAGUGGACGUUCAAGAGGUGUUCGAAGGAUAAGAAGAUAAAUAAGGAAGGAAAGAAGCUAAUUCAAAGUAUAAAGGAAAGAGGAUGGUAUAUUUUAAAUGGAGGAGAGAGAGGAGACUGGAAAGGAAACUGGACAUACUCAGGAGGAAGAGGCGAAUCAGUCAUCGAUUACGUGAUAGUGGAACAAGAAACGGAGGAAGAAAUAGAGAGAAUGGAAAUAGAAGACAAGAUAGACUCGGACCACCAGCCAACAGUAGUAUGGCUGAAAGGACAUAAGAAUAAGGAGGCGAGAAGAAAGAGGACAGAAAGAGAGGGAGGAAGAGGAGUAUGGGACGAGGAGGGGAGAGAAGCAUUUAGAAAUAAACUAGGAGAAAUAAAAACAAGAGAAGGAAAAUUGGACGAAGAAAUAGAUGGAAUGGAAGGAAGAAUUAGAGAAGCGAUGGAGAAAGUAGAAGGGGAGAGGGAGACGGGAAGAAGAAAAAGGAGAGGAUGGUGGGAUGAAGAAUGCAAGGAAGUGAAAGGGACGGCGAGGAAGGCGUUAAAAGAGUGGCUGAGAGGAAAAGGCGAGAGGCAGGAAUACAGAAGAAAAAGGAAGGAAUACAAGGAGUUAUGUGAGAGGAAAAAGGAAGAAGAGAACAAAAAACUGGAGAAAGAGGCGGAAGAAGCGCACACGGAGGAAAUGGUAUGGAGGGUGGUGAACAAAGAAAGAAAGAAAAGGAAGAAGAUAAACACAGAAAUAGAAAUGAAGCAAUGGGAGGAGUAUUUCAAAGCUUUGCUGGGAGGAGUGGAAAACAAAGUGAUAUAUGCGUCGGUAUUAGCGGAAAGGAUAAGAGAGGAAAUCGAGGAGAAAGGGAUACUAUCACCAACACAAACAGGUUUCAGGAAAGGGAUGGGAACAAUAGACAGUAUAUAUGUAAUGAAUUAUCUAAUCAGUAGACAGAUAAAGAAGAAAGGGAGGAAAUUAGUAGCAUUAUUUGUGGACCUGAAGGCGGCAUAUGAUUCAGUGGAUAGAGGGUUAUUGAUAGAAGCGAUGAGGAAGAAGGGAAUAAGGGAGGGAAUAAUAGAGAGAGUGGAAGAGAUAAUGAGAGAGACAACGAGUAGGGUAAGAGUAAGAGGAGAAAUAGGAAAGGAAUUUUGGACAGCAAGAGGACUGAGACAAGGAUGCCCAUUAAGCGCGGAUUUAUUUAAUAUAUUAUUAGCGGAUCUAGAAGAAGAAAUGGGAAAUGUUAAAUGGGGAGGGAUAAGGCUGGGAGAGGAGAAAAUAUACUCGAUUACAUAUGCGGAUGAUGUGGUGGUGAUAGCAGAGGACGAAGGAUGUAUGAAGAGCAUGAUAGAGAGACUGGAAAGAUACAUAAAUAGUAAAAGGCUGGAAUUGAACGUGACAAAGACAAAGAUAGUAAGAUUUAAAGAAGGAGGAGGAAGGUUGAGUAAGGUGGAUUGGAGAUGGAAGGGAAAGAAGAUAGAAGAAGUAAAGGAGGUGAAAUAUCUAGGGUACGUAUUACAAAGGAAUGGAGGACAGGAAGCACAUAUAAGGGAAAGAGUAGCAAAGGCAGCAGCAAUAUCAGGACAAGUAUGGGGAAUAGGAAAGAGAAGAUUUGCGAGAAAAUAG